CACCGAGCUGAUAUUUUUUGCAAAGGGACUUGACUACCGCGGCUGGUUCAUAAUCAACGGCUUGAAGACCUACGUCCAAGGCAUUCACCUGGUUAAAUCAUUCAGCCGGGAUUUGGUUCCACCUAGGCAUGCCCGGGAGUCUGACUGCUCCUUUCCUUCGCCUGAUCCUAUAGCUGGUUACACGAGGCGGAUGACUAUGACUCGGGCCCGGAACUAUCUCACAUGGAGACUCCCCAAUAUUCUUAUGGAUGUGCCUGUUUCCAUACGAAUAUAAGCAUAUGACCGUCUCAUUCGCUGCCACCUCAGCAGAAUUGGCUAAUUCCGACCUUCAAGCCAACAUCUUCUUUCCCCCAAGGACUGCGGGCACCAAAACUGAUUCCACGUCAACAUCGCAGGAACGAUCAUCAGCGGGAAUCCGACGUACCGUUUACAACGCGGCAACCGAGACAUGGCUCCAUUUGACGGGUGACUGUGCUAUGACAUUGGCGCAUGUAUAUGAACAUUGCAGUCUCUCAGAGACCCCUACAGAGAUAGCUACUCGGGUCCAAAUCGUCGUCAUUUCGCCCAGUGAGCUAGAUAUAUUGACAGUUUCCGGAUGUUUUUAUGAAGUCGCCAGUUUCUAGAAGAUCAUGAGUUGCAGCAAAGAUGGCUCAAACUAUCCCUGGGCCUCCCUCUUCAGGCUAUACAUGACAUAUUUUCACCCUCUAAGGUGGGG